AUUACAACACACUCUUUCAACAUUGGUCCAUCCAUCACUUAACAUUAUUGCUGUCUAUGUUCUUGCUUUCUUUCUUCUAUUUCUUUCUUUGACACACACACACACACAUCAAUAUACACUUGUAUCUAUUUAUACUACUUAGUAUAGUGCUAUGUAUAAGAAACUUCAAUAUUCAUGCUUAGGUUGGAGCUUCAAGUUAUCCAUGAUGAAAAAUCUUGUUUUGUGUUUCCUUAUGCUGUUGAAUAUUGCAAAUUCUUCAUAUGCAAGUUUGUUAUUGAACAAAACAGAAGAAGUAAUCAUGUUUAGAGAGGAACACAGAAGAAUUAUGAUUGAUAAUGGACUUGGCCAAACACCUCCUAUGGGAUGGAAUAGCUGGAACCAUUUUCAAUGUAAUGUUAAUGAAGAUUUAAUCAAACAAACAGCUAAUGCUAUGGUGUCAACCGGCCUUGUUGAUCUAGGUUACAAAUAUAUUAAUAUAGAUGAUUGUUGGGGUGAACUUAAUCGAGACUCGAAGGGUAAUUUGGUUGCUAAAUCAUCAACAUUCCCUUCAGGAAUUAAGGCUCUAGCUGAUUAUGUACAUAGGAAAGGUCUCAAAUUAGGGAUUUAUUCUGAUGCAGGAAAUCAAACAUGCAGUAAGAAAAUGCCUGGAUCACUAGGGCAUGAAGUGCAAGAUGCAAAAACAUUUGCUUCCUGGGGAAUUGAUUACUUGAAGUAUGAUAACUGUGAGAAUAAUAAUAUAGACCCCAAAGAAAGGUACCCGGCGAUGAGUGAAGCUUUGUUGAAAUCUGGAAGGCCAAUCUUCUUCUCUUUGUGUGAAUGGGGAUCAGAAGAUCCAGCCACAUGGGCAAAAAGUGUGGGAAAUAGUUGGAGAACAACCGGAGAUAUUAACGAUAAAUGGGAUAGUAUGAUAUCUCGCGCAGAUCAAAAUAACAAAUGGGCUUCUUACGCUGGACCUGGAGGAUGGAAUGAUCCUGACAUGCUUGAAGUUGGAAACGGAGGUAUGACAACCGAGGAAUAUCGUGCCCAUUUCAGUAUAUGGGCAUUAGCUAAGGCUCCUUUAUUGAUUGGUUGUGACAUUCGAGCACUAGAUGACACGACAAAGGAAUUGCUAAGCAACUCAGAAGUUAUUGCAGUAAAUCAAGACAAACUAGGAGUUCAAGGGAAGAAGGUGAAAAAUAAUGGUGAUUUGGAGGUUUGGGCAGGUCCUCUCAGUGAUAACAAGCUAGCAGUCAUCUUAUGGAAUAGGAGUUCAUCGAAAGCAACGGUAACUGCAUCUUGGUCUGACCUAGGUCUGAAACCAGGAACUUCGGUUGAUGCAAGAGAUUUAUGGCUGCAUUCAACACAAUCAUCAGUUUCGGGAAACAUAUCUGCGGAAUUAGAUUCACAUGCUUGUAAGAUGUAUAUCUUGACUCCCAACUAAGUUCUCGAUAUAUUGCAGACAGAAAAGGAGGUAAACAACAGAAGUCAGUAAUAUCAAUUAAAAGCUUAUUUGUUAACAGAAAAUGCAGAAACAUAUGAAUAAGUUAUAUUUCGAAUAAGGUUUCCAUUUUAAUCUAUAUGUUUAGGUAAACUUAAUCUCAAUAUGACAGGCCUUCAAAACUUUUGUUUCCGGUUAACAAUCAAGAAUGUUUUCUAGAUAUCCACGUUGUUGAAGGUUCAUCUAUUCUUGAUAGAGAUUCUAAUUCACUGAUGUACUAGUCAGUGCUUCAGUUACUAUGUUCUUACUUCAUCAUUGGCUAAAGUAAAUCAUUCAAUCCUUCUUCAA